AUGGCUGCCUGCACGGGGGAGGUGGAUGUGCACAUGGAGGUGUGCCAGACGUGCAAGGAGGGCGGCGAGCUGCUGUGCUGCGACGGCUGCACCGCAGCCUACCACUUCUCAUGCGUCAACCUGGACGCCGCGCCGCCGGGCGACUGGUUCUGCCCGCUGUGCAUGGCGGCAGGCAUCACCAGCAAGCCUGAACCGCUGCCGCUGCAGCCCAAGCAGGUGGGCAUGCUCAAGCCGCUCAAGUCGGGCGGCAAGGGGCGCCCCAGCAGCAGCAGCAAGCUGAGCAAGAAGGGCGGCGAGGGCGGCAGUCAGGUCUCGCUGCCGCCGCCGCCACGGCCCGCGGCGGGCACCGGGCGGGUUCACAUGGCGGCGCCCACGGCGCCGCGUGCGCCACGGCUGGGCCGACCGGGCGCUCGCUCCAACAAGAACAAGCGGCUGUUUGAGGGGGAGGAGGGGGCUCUGGAGAACGGCCAGAAGCUCUUCUACCGCACAACCCAGGUGGGUCGAGGCUGGAGGGUCGUGGUGGGUGGUUAG